GGGCGUGGGGGAGGGGAGAGGGAAACAUGGGGGACUUGAUACCCAUCUCGCCCGUGUACACCCCGUUGCCCUCUCGGCCGGUGAUGGACGAGAAGACGGUGGUGGAGAUCCUGCGGGAGAUCCUGGCCGAGGUGGUGCGGGGCACGGCCCAGGAGUCGGUGGAGGACAUGACCAUGCUGAUGGCCGAGGACAUCCUGAACCUGCUGGUGGACGAGUACUCCAAGGAGGUGGAGAAGCAGUUCAUGGAGGAGCUCAAGGACUUGAACCUGAGCAGCAGCGAGUCCUCCAGCUCCGAUUUCGAGGUCUUCCAGGACCAGGUGGUCCAACAAAUAUUUGAUGGUAGAUUGACAAAAGAACUAAUAAAUGAGGGAUUGUCAAAUUUGAGCCACUCAGCUUCUGGCCAGGAACAGGUCUACCUCAAUCUCUCCCUGCCUGAUCUUGAGUUAAUCGAUGUAUCUAUUCUUUCGGAGUACAAUUUCAUUCAGAACAUUGACAUUUCUAACAACAAAAUUACGGAUAUGUCCUGGGUCAACCAUAUGCCACACCUGUUGCAGCUGAAUGCCUCCGAAAAUGAACUGACUUCUUUCUUUCAAUUCAAGCCACCCAAACAUCUUAAGGAAGUGGAUUUUUCCUACAACAACAUAUCUGAAAUGGAGGAUCUAUCAGCCUAUCAGUUUCUUUCUAAACUGAUUUUGGACAAUAAUCAAAUCUCUGAAAUCAAAGGCUUGGAGAACUGCAAUGGCCUCAUAUACCUAAGCCUGGCACAUAACGACAUUUAUGAAAUUACUGGCCUGGAAAAUCUGCCAAUUACAUUUCUUUCUCUGCGGGAUAACCAUCUCACAGACAUACGUGAGCUGAUGAAACUGGAAUCCCUGCAGCAGAUUGAUUUGUCAAAAAAUGAAAUAAAAUGCAUGGGGGGCCUGGAGGACCAUGACUUAUUGCAAGUGAUCAAUCUGGAGGACAAUCAGAUCAGCGAAUUGAAUGAACUGCAUCACAUAGAAAAACUCCCAUAUCUGGAAUUCCUGAACCUGCUUAACAACCCAAUUCAGGACAAUCCAGAUUAUUGGCUAACUGCCCUUUUCAAGGCACCAAAACUCACUGAACUGGAUCACAAAAAAGUGAAGAUCACUGAUAAGGUUGCUGCAGUCAACAAAUAUAACCCACCCCCGGAAGUGGUAGCGGCAAGAGAUCACAUGACCCAUGUGAUGAAUUAUUUUCUGCAACCCCAGAGGAUUUCUGACAGCACCUUGCUUAGCCUUGACAUGCCAUAUCCAGUGUUGGUUCUGACAGGGCCUCAGGCCAGUGGGAAAAGAGAACUUGCUCAUAUGCUUUGCCAAGAGUUUUCCAAUUUCUUUGGAUACUGUGCGUGUCACACCACUCGAAAACCUUACCUUGGCGAAAAGGAAGGAUGUGACUAUUAUUUUGUAUCCAAAGAGAUAUUUGAAGCCAUGAUUGAUGAGGGGAAGUUUAUUGAGACAAUAAAGUACAAUGGACAUUACUAUGGGCUGAGCAGAGAUGCACUGGAAGCUGUAGCCAGAGAAGGGCUUGGCUGCUGCAUUCAAAUGGAAUUGGAGGGUGUUCGUAGCUUGAAGAAGACUUACUUGGAGCCUCGGUACAUUCUCCUGAUUCCAUUGGAUAAGGAGGAGUACAAGAGAAGGCUGUGGCUGAGAGGGAUGACCCAUAAAUCAGAAAUUGACGUUGCCAUUUCCAGAGUUGACACCUACAUUAAAAUGAAUCAAGAUCAUCCCGGAUACUUUGACUCAGUAAUUAACACCAAUGAUCUUAUGGAUGCAUAUGCACACCUGAACCAGCUGCUCAGGGAGUACUUGAAUCUUACUGAUCAAACGAGCAGUGACAGCGACAGAAUCACAGCAGGGGACAAAAGGCAAACUAGUGGAAGUCUGAAAGUAACACCCGAUGAGAAAGAAGUUUCCACAGACAACCAACUAAACCAGAGUAAAACAGGAUCAUCCUCUGUCGAUUUCAGUGACUCCGCUACCAGAAACUACUCCUCCAGAGUACAGGCUAGACUUUCAUCAGAAAAGACAUCAAUGGAACAAGAUUCUAUUGAGCGACGUGAACAGAUGGCACGAGAAGCUGUGCAAGGGAGAAUCCCACUCGCCUCCAUCUGUCUAUUCCACAGAAUUCCAGUCAUCUCCUCAUAUGUAGGCGCACCUGAUGAACAGUUAUCAGAUGUGUUGUUUUUCACAUCUAUGAUGCCCAACGCAAGCAACAGCACACAAUCCCAGAUCAGCAAGGCUCCUGAAGACAGGAGCAAUAUUGAGGAGUCCAAAACCACCUCAAGUGUGACAACAUUUUCAUCUGCUGAAAUAUUUUCGGAACACGGCGAUUCUCUGUCUGUAAAUGGCAGCCUUAAUCUGGACGUACUGAACCUAUUGGAGUCAAAGCGAACAAGCGAACCGGCUACAUAUGGUUUCGGUGAUGACAUGACAGACAACGCAUCCGAUCAAGAUUUACAGGACAGCGAGCAACGUGAAGCCAGGUUAUCUCUAAGUGGACCUGUAGCUGCUCCUACCUUUCGAAUCGGGGAUAAUAUUAAGCCUGUUCUACCUCCCAUUCCGUCAGGAUGGAAGAGGGAAAUCCCAGAGGAGCCUGCUUAUCACCAAAAUGAAAAUUUAACUCCUUCCUAAAACUCUUCGUUGAUAUCAUUAAACAUUUGUUUACUGUGAAUUUGUCAUUUUAUUUAG